ACUUACCUGUCACGUUAAGUCGUUAACACAAAUUCGAAUAUAUAUAUUGUAAAGUGUGAUUUACUAAAUCGCAAUGUAAAUUUAGUGAAAUUAAUAAAGACGAACAAAAUUAAUAAAAGUAAUUGAUUUACUUGAAAAAAUGUUAAUCGUGUAAAAUAUUUUAUUAUUAUAAAUAUAUGUAAGAACUUACUGACGUUGUUUUAAAUUAUUCAAUAGAAUGAGAGUUAUUAAAAAUAAUCAAUGGGAGAUCAUCUAAAAGUAUGUCCUAGACUAGUUGAUUAUUUGGCUAUAGUCGGAACAAGAUUUGCUCCAACUGGAAGGUUAGACAAAAACUCAUCUCAUGUGUUGGUUCCACAACUUUUACGUCGAUAUCCUCCGAUCGAUCAUGAUGAUUUUCCUUUACCGCUGGACGUUGUAUUUUUUUGCCAACCAGAAGGUUGUACAACAAUUGACUCUACUAAAAAUGCUAUUAGGGGAAACAAAACAUUUGUUUUUACCUUAACAGAUAAAGAUUCAGGAAAAACGCGAUACGGAAUUUGUGUAAAUUUUUACAAGGACAUAUCAAGGAGGGCAAUGAAAAGUUUUAAAUCAGAUUUUAAAUCACAGUCUACCAAUCCGUUUGAAACUGCUAAUAUAAAAGAUUACAGAUUCGAUAAUCCAUGCAGUCGCAUUAAAAAGGAAAGAAAAUAUGGAAAAAACAAAUGUUUCGCACUUACAUCAUUGUGUAUAAUCUCACACCAUCCAUUCUUUACAAAAUUUAGAGAUUGCUUAUUCUCUUUUAAGAGCAUUGUUGAUGCUUAUGGUGAAAUUAUUAACUCUAAAAAAGCAGAAUCUACAAGAGAAAGAAGAAGAGAUAUUGGUUGGACUUACUUAAUGGGGUAUAUUGAUAGCCCGGAAGCUCCUGGAAUACUACGUGAAGUCCAAGAAAUUGAAAUUUGGAUAUAUAAAUUACUAUCAGCAGCUGCUCCUGUUCCUGGGUCAACACUUGUUCAGGUUGAAAACUUACCUAAUCCAGUUCAAGAAACUCUUUACUUUGCGCUACCUGAUCAUACAAGAUUUUUUUUGGUAGAUUACCCACUUCAUCUUCCUAUUGAGCUGCUAGGAGUUGAAACAUGCUUGAAAGUUUUAACUUUGAUACUCCUAGAAAACAAAGUUUUAGUUGUAUCUAGAGAUUACAAUGCUCUUUCAAUGUCUGUGUUGGCAUUUGUAACAUUACUUUAUCCACUUGAAUAUAUGUUUCCAGUUAUUCCAUUAUUACCAACAUCAAUGAAUUGUGCAGAACAGUUAUUAUUAGCUCCAACACCCUUUGUUAUAGGCGUACCAGGUUCAUUUAUCGCUCAAAAAACAAAGCAUUUCAGGCUCCCCGACGAUAUAUGGAUUAUUGAUAUGGACACAACCAAACUAACUACACCGGCAGAAAAUUUUGAUAUACCUUCUUUACCUGAACCAGAAGCGGCUAAUUUAAAAGUAGAAUUAAAGCAAGCACUUACUGGAUUAACAACAGAGCCCGCAAAACUUUCAAAUUCAAAUCAGAAAAAUAAGACUACAAAAAAAUAUAUAUCGGGGAAGGAACCUCAAAAUGCCGAAGAAAAUCGCAUAGAUACUGUGGAUUUAGCUGUUCGAGUUGCAAUGGUUAGAUUUUUCAAUUCACAAAACAUGUUAGCUAACUUUUCCGAACAUACACGGACAUUACGCUUGUAUCCAAGACCCGUUGUUGCAUUUCAAAUAAACAGCUUUCUUAGAUCUCGUCCUAAAGGAUCACAAUUUUUAAAUAAAUUCUCCAGAACACAAGCUGUUGAAUAUUAUGCUGAGUGGUCAUUGACUCCUAAAAACGUAGCAUUCUUACGUGUACAAACUGGUAUUACUGACCCUACACAGAUAGGAGACAAAUUAAGACAUUUUUCUCAAAAUCUUAAUCCAAUAUAUUUCAACAUAUUCAGUGAAAGUUCUUUAAUGAAAAAUAUUGUGGCUGUACUAGAAAAUUUAGAGCAAUCUGUGACAGAUGAUAGUGAGUCCGAAUCUGAUGAUGCGGAAAGUACAAGCUCUUCAUUUUCAUCUUUAAGUGAUGUUACAACUGACAUAUUUUCUGAAUUUCCAAUAAAGAUUCAAGAUGUGUUUAUUGACACUGCAUCAAAAAAUAUGAGCGACAAGGAUUUAUUUUUUAAAUCAAGUCUUUCUCAAUAUUUCAAUCCUCCAAAAGAAUUAGUAUAUCCGGAUGGACUUAAUAUAAAUAAAAGAAAAAAAAGUGAUGACCAAAUAUAUUCACCGCAGUCUUCUUCAUCGAGCAGAUCUAAUUUAAGUUCUCCAGACUUAUUUAAGGAAAGCACGGCAGAUGAAAAUAAUGAGAAGAGUUUUUCCAUGGAUAUUGGAUACAAGGCUUCUUCUGACACUCAAAACAGAAUUAUGGAAAAAUUUCCAAACUUUGAAAGUAUAAAAGAUCAACCAACAUUAGGAUGUUCCCUAAACUCAACCAUUGAAAAUUCAAAAUUACAUAGUGGUUUUAUAUCAAACAGCGGUAGUCAAGAUUCUCAAAACUCUAUAUUUGAUCAAAUAACUUCCCAAGCUAAAGGCCUAGUUCGAGAUUCGGCUUGGCAAAAUAGCCAAGACGGUUUGUUCGCCCAAGUAGAUAAGUUGACGUUGCACGUUAAAAAACAAGCCGAAGAAGCUUCUAAGCAGGCAAUUGGCGUUAGUAAAAAUACUUUGGGCGACUUAACUUAUGUUGGUAAAUCCACAAUUGGGGGCCUAACAAGAACAGCAAAAGAAGCUGCGUCAAAAAAAAGGUUAAUUAAACCUAGUGAACAGUCACAUCAGGUGGAAAAUACAUUAAUGCAACCCAGGUCAACGCAAAACACAAGUAGGGACUUCUUUUCAUCAAUUGGUAGUGAUUUAAAUGGUAUAGCAUCUUCAACAAGCAACAUAUUUUCAGAUCUUUUUGGAACAAAAAGUCAAUAUCAACAGCAAAAUCAAAAUAAUCCUGGUAUGUCAUUUGAUAUGUUUCCAGUACGUAAAGGUUUAGUAGAAAGAACUCCCUUAAUAAAACAUUCAAGUCCUAAACAAACUUUGGAAGAUAUACAAAGAAUUCAAAAUCAAGAAAGGUCUCAAAGUGACUUUGAGAAUCAAACAUUUUUGAAAGACAUAAUUAAUCAAGUUAUGUCUGGGGAUGGUAUUGGUUGGUUGAAACUAAAUCGUUUGCGAAAGUUGAUGGAAGACGAGUCAUAUCGAAUGUUUGUACUGAAUAAAAUAAAUAAAACUAUUGAUAAGAAGAUUGGUCCGGACGACAAUAUUAUAGAUGUGCAUUUAUAUUUCCAGUUGAUACCCAAGUCUGUUGGAAAGGGAAUGUUGAAAUGUUUAUUUGCUGUUGUGCUUGGACUUGAGCAUAGUUUUUCGAAUUUUGGCAUUGGAGGAAUGGCGUCAGUUUUUCAUAUGAUGGAAAUAUGCCAUACGCAUUAUUGGUGCCAUGAGUUAUCAGAGACUGGAGACAUAAACAUACCUUCAAAUAAAAGCAAUUCACCAUAUGGAAGCAGAGAAACUUUGAAUUCACCUCAAAGCCCGACAGAAAAUCCAUUUACGAAAACAAAUAAUUCAGUUAAAACAACAGUAGAAAAAAAUCUACGCAGAAAGUUUUCGAUUGGUGAAACACAAGAGUCUCACACGACCUCAGCAAUGUUCAAAGAUAUAUUAUCGCAGAAACGAUCGUCAUUUUUACAUAAAUUGACGGCUUUUGAAGGCGAUAAUACAUCUAAACAUCAAGUAGUACAAUCAUCUUCUUCUGGAAAAUCUAUCUUCAGUACUGGUUUUAGGUAUACUGGCGGACAUUUAGUAAGUGCAACUACGAGCUACACAGUAGAAAGCAGACGAGUAUAUUUGUUUGAAGGAUUAAUUGGCAAAGAACGUUCAGGUUUGUGGGAUCAUAUGCAAUUUUGGGAAGAUGCAUUUUUAGACGCUGUAAGUCAAGAGAGAGAAAUGAUCGGUAUGGAUCAGGGUCCAGGAGAAAUGAUGGAGAGGUACAAAAUGCUUAGUGAAUCUGAGAGAAAACGCUUGGAACACGAAGAGGAUAAAUUACUAUCGACGAUGUUAUACAAUCUAACAGCAAUUUUAGUAAUGUUAAACGUUAAUAAAGAAGAAAUCAAAGUUAAAAUUCGAAGGCUUUUAGGGAAAAGCCAUAUCGGUUUAGUGUACUCUCAAGAAGUUCAUCAGCUUGUAGAUCAAAUUAAGCACUUGAACGCAAAUGACAUUGACUUAAAGCCUUUUGCCUCAAGAUUGCAACAUCGAAGAACUUUUGCAGUCCAUCAAGGUAUAGAUACCUCAACACCUUUGUGUUUUAUGGAAGUCAGAGACGACGGCCUUAUUUUACGAUCACUAAAUGGGGUUAUAAUCGAAAGAUGGCAUUUUGAAAGAUUGGUUAACAUGACUUAUUCUCCGAAAACUAAAGUUUUGUGCAUGUGGAGGAGAAAUGGUGGCCAACAAACCACUUUACACAAAUACUACACAAAAAAGUGUAAGGAUGUAUAUCAAGCCAUAAAAGAGGCGAUGGAGAGAGGAGCUAUUCCUUCUAACAUUCCUGAGCUUGGUGGUGAGUUCCCAGUUCAAGAUUUAACAACAGGAGAGGGUGGUUUGUUACAAGUGUGUUUAGAAGGCAUUGGGCUAUUAUUUGCUAACAGCAAGUUUUUCAUCCGAUUAGAUCACAUACGAAAGUGCUUUACACAAAAAGGUGGUGUUUUCAUUUUGGAAGAAUAUAAUCCUAAAUCGAAAAGUGUUGUGCAGAGAAAAUAUCAAUCAGCUAUGGCUGACCAAAUUUGUUAUUCAGUGCUGUGCGUUUUUUCAUAUGUUGCUGCUGGCAGUGACAAGCAAAGCGAUGUUUCAUUAUCCAAAUCAGAAAACACUGCAAAAUUAAGCCACCAGGAGACCCAUUUAAAACGACAAAAGAGUGAUGAAACAAUACCAGCAGAAAAAGUAUCUAUAUCGUCUGAUGAAAAAAUAGUAUCCAAACAAAAUCAACAACACUUAACUUUCGCAAAGAUAGUAGCAAAAAAGUACGCAAGUCAAUCACCUGAAUCUAGCAAAACGUCCCUUUUAAAUAAUACCGAGACACAAUUGGGAAAUAUAUCUUCAAAUUUUAAGACUUCUGAAAAUAUAAAAAAUUUUUCAAAUUCCCCUUCAAUUGUUCAAAAAACGAAUGAAAUAAGGCGAGCAGGAUCGGUUCAUGAAGUUGAAACUAAGCUGCCUGCCAGACAGCUAACAAGACAGUUGUCUGCCAAUUCAAUACCACCUCAAUUUAUUCCUAAACCACCCCCUCCUUUUGUAAUACCUUUGAGGCGACCAUCAAAAACAGGGUCAAUUUUGCAGCUAAAACCAAGUAAUUCCAAAUUUUAAAAACAAAAUGCAAAAAUUAUUAAUCCAAUACCGAUAUUUAAUGUGUAAGUGGAUUUAUUUCACUAAUAAAUAUUUAUGUGAAACAGAACGAAAAAAAGCCAUACAUACGUAACGAAAUCACAUUUGGUGGAAAUGAGUAUCUACAAUAACCUUAAAAAUAAUGGAAAAUAUAAAUGAAUUAUUUAAAAAAUAGAUCCACAAAAACAAUAAAAACAGUUUUAUAGAUAAUGGCUCUUUAAAUUUGGCAGUGUAAAAAGAACCAUUUGUACAAUUAUAUUCUGCUGCUUAAAGUUACAUAAAUAGAGUGCGCUCACAUUAUGUUCCGAAUUGGUAGAACGAAUAAAAAGAAAUAACGAAAAAUUUCCGAAUAACUGAAGAGCUGCAAAUUUUCCACCUUUCUAUUUAAAAUAAAAUCAGCAAAUAUACAAUAGCACAACAAUGUUACUGUUAAUUUAUCAGUUUUUAAAAAAUUAUGUAUAUGUUUUAUAAAUUAUUUUUUUGAAUUUUUUUAUUUAUAAAUUCUAAGAAUUUGAAUUUAAAUUGAUGUAUAAAAAAUAAAGUUUUGUCUAUGUUAAAAUAUCAAUAAAUAAUUAAUAUUUUUCUUUCUUA